AUGGCAUACUCUAGGUACUAUCGUGAUAAAUUUAUUAAUCUGAGAUCAAUUAUAAAGUUAAAAAUUGCUGAAUGUUACAAAGAUUAUAUAGCUGAUCUGCAGAAUAAUUUGAAUUCGAACUGUGUGGGACUGGGUGAUGCCGAAAUUAGUGUUCUUUCUGAGCUGGGAAAAGUGUGGACAUGUGAGCCGUGUGGUCGCGAGCGGCGCUUGAGCCGUAGUUUGAGCGACGGUGACUCCGUCCUAUGUGAUGUUACAUCUACUGAUAGUAUAAAAAAUAUGAUUAGUUCAUUAAGUAAGAAAGUUGAUGAUGGACUAAAGCGUCUUGAAAAAGAUCUCGGUGCUUCACUUGAUUUGUGUCACAGCAAGCUAGAUGAGAGCUCCAAGUUGUCGGCGAACCAGCUCCUUCUUAUAGAGAAGCAGAAUGAACUGAUUGAGACUCUUCGUGUAGAGAAUCUCGGUCUCACCAAAAAAGUGGCUGAGUUGACGGAGCGUUUGGAUGACGUCGAGCAGUAUUCUAGAGCGAAUACUUUGGAGAUCUACGGUGUACCUAGCUCCAUAAACGAAAAUGUUGCACAGACUGUUAUUGGUGUUGGUAAGGCAUUGGAUCUGGCAAUUACUGAGGACAUGAUUGAUGUCUGCCAUCGACUCAAGCAGCUCAAUAAUCGGCCGUCAUCGGGAAUUAUUGUUCGAUUCGUUCGCCGGACUGACAAGGAGCAGUUUCUUGCUAGACGUCGCAUAAAGAGAACUCUGUCAACGCGACACUUGGGUCUAUCUACGGACUCUCCUAUCUACGUGAAUCAGUCACUCAGUCAACGUCGAAGAGUUUUAUUUGCUAAAGCUAAAAAAAUAAAAAAUGAUUGUGGUUUCAAGUUUUUGUGGGUCGAUAGAACUGGCAACAUCAAGAUGAGAAAAGUUGAGGGCUCUGUGAUUCAUACUAUCAAAUCUGAUAGCGACCUUGCUAAACUGUCAGUGUCGGUUACGAACGUUGAACCAGGUAAUUCUGUUAAGUAG